CUCCCCACUUCCUAUGAUCUCUAUUUUGCGCUCUUUUUUUUUAAAUUCUUAUUUAGAUUUAGAUUUAAAUGCAAAUUAAACGAAGAUGCUAGGUAAUUAAACGUAUGAAAACAGGUUAGGAAAUUACUUAGUGAAGAAAAACAGUCUGGUUUGACAUUAUGGUGAAAGCAAAAGUAUGGAAGAUAAGGGCAAUGUUUCAUGGUGAACCAAAGGAAGAUGAUCUGGAACUUGUGGAAGAGAAUUUGCCUGAUUUAAAGGAAGGAGAAAUGUUACUAGAAGCGCUUUAUAUGUCAGUGGAUCCCUACAUGAGACCUUUUGUAGCAGAUAGAGCUAAAGUUGGAGAUACAAUGAUUGGUGAGCAGAUUGCCAGAGUGAUAGAAAGUAAAAACAGCCAGUAUCCAGUUGGAACAAUAGUACGUACACAUGCUGGAUGGAGAACACAUACAGUCACUUCAGACCUGACACGUCAUAUGCCUGACCUUGGAGAUCUUCCAUUGUCCACAGCUCUUGGUGUUGUGGGAAUGCCUGGGAUGGCUGGUUAUUUUGGUUUUCUUGAAAUGUGUAAACCGUCAGAGGGAGAAACAGUUCUGGUGAAUGCUGCUUCUGGUGCAGUUGGUAGUGUCGUGGGACAGAUCGCUAAAAUAAAGAAAUGUAAAGUAAUAGGUUUUGCAGGGACAGAGGAGAAAUGUCAGUGGUUAAGAGAUCUAGGAUUUGAUUAUGCUUAUAAUUACAAAACAGUAAAGUUAGAUGAAGCAAUAAAAGAAGCUGCUCCAGAAGGAAUAGAUUGCUAUUUUGAUAAUGUAGGAGGUGAGUUUACAAUGACAGUCCUGGAACACAUGAAAACAUUUGGGAGAAUAGCAGUAUGUGGUACUAUCUCAGGCUAUAAUGAAACAGAACAACCAAAAGGAAUUUUACCAUUUCCAACUAUCCUCUUCAAACAGCUGACUGUGCAAGGUUUUAUUAUUUCAAGUAAAUGGUUGGACAGAUAUCCUGAAGGAGAAAAACAAAUGGUAGAAUGGAUUAAACAGGGUCAAAUGAAGUACAGAGAGACAGUAACAGAGGGUAUAGAGCAUAUGUAUACAGCAUUCCAGGGACUUUUUAAAGGAACAAAUAUUGGAAAAGCAAUAAUCAAAUGUUAAUAAUAUUCAUUGUUUAUUGUAAACAUGGUGUUGUAUGGGUAUUUAACCAAAUACCUUCGAUCGUUUUAUUUUAGCUUUGAAGAAUGUUUUUUUCAUGUUGCUAUCACAACUUGUUUGUUUGGAUAAGGGGGUAAAAAGAAAAUUUGGUAUUAUUAUAAAAAAAGAUUUGAAAGGCUUGGCAACAAAUCAGUAAACAGUUCAAUGCAUCAUGAUGCUUUUAAAGCAUUAAUUAUGAAAUCAUUUAAGUUUUACUGCACAAUAGAUAAUGUGUUUAAUUAACUUGAGAAUAUAAAAAUUUACUAUAGCAGACAUUUUAUAAUUGUGUUCAGGGUAAGUAAGGUCAAUUAAAAUACAUGUGCCAUAUUAAGUUCAAGUAAAAUACAAAGAUUCUGGUCAUAUUUAAAGCAAGUUAAACAUAUCAUUGCUUGAGACUUACAGCAAAUUAAAUGAGUAUAUUGCAUCAAAAGUUCCAGAACAUAUAAAGUGCUUGUCAUAAAAUUAAGUACAAUAAAAUGACUUUUAAUGCUUA